UUGCCACCUUUUCUCUCCUGCUCUUGCCACCUUUUCUCUCCUGCUCUUGCCACCUUUUCUCUCCUGCUCUUGCCACCUUUUCUCUCCUGCUCUUGCCACCUUUUCUCUCCUGCUCUUGCCACCUUUUCUCUCCUGCUCUUGCCACCUUUUCUCUUGCCACCUUUUCUCUCGCCACCUUUUCUCUCCUGCUCUUGCCACCUUUUCUCUCCUGCUCUUGCCACCUUUUCUUAUCACCUUUCUUCUCAUUUACCUUCCAUGUUUCCACUUUCAUCCACUUUUCUUCCUUCUUUACCAACUAACUUCUCACUUCAUAACUUUCUCCUUUUCUUUUCCUCCCUCUGCUCUUCCUUCCUUCUCCACACCUCUUUUCCUUGCUUCUUCUUUAUAUACCUUUUCUUAUUCACACUCAUAUUUCUUUUUAAUUUGCUUCCUACUGUCUUCACACCCUCUUUUCUUUGUUUUCUUUACCUCCUACCUGUUUCUCCUUCAUAUCCUCUUUUCCUUCCCCUUUACCACCCAAUGUUUCUUCUUCAUGUUCUCUUUUCUUUCCUUCUUCUUUACUCCCUAACUUUUCUCCCUCACACACUGUUUUUCUUCCUUCCUUUUCCUUUACCUCCUAAACCUUUUCACCAUAACACCUUUUUUCUUCUUCUCUACCUUACUUACCAAAUUCCUUCUCACUUAAUAUUUCCACAUAAUACUGAAGUGACCAAUUUGAAAGACUAUGACCCUGAAGACCAUAUCAAACAUUUUAGGGAUCCAAAACGGGUGUAUGUCAUAAUAAUUUCCACUUUUGUGGAAGGCUCACCUCCAGAAGAUGCUGCUUGGUUUUAUAAGUGGCUAAAGGAAAGUGCUGUAGAUUUCCGGGUCCAAAAGAACUUUCUGGAAGGAAUGAAAUAUGCUGUUUUUGGUCUUGGAAGUUCAGUAUACAAAGGAAAUUACUGUGUUGUGGCUAAAAACAUUGACCAAUGGCUUCACCAGUUGUCUGCAAGCAAAAUCCUCCCUAUAGGCCUAGGGGAUGAAAAUGUUGCUGAGAGUGUACAUGGAGACUUAAUGUCUGAUUUUAAUGCCUGGCGCAAGAAAUUCUGGAAAAGGGUAGCACCAAUUCUUAAAGGAGAGGAAUUAGUUACUGCUACAGGAAAAUGUUGCAAGGAGAAUUGUGACAACAAAAACUGUCAGAAAGAGAAAACUAAUGGUCACCUGUUGACAGAAGAGACAUUUGAGGAGACAUCAAGUGAAGAAGACAAUGAAGAAGUUGAGGAAGACAUAUUUAGUUCCAAUGGACUGGUUGAUCUUGAGGAUCUGGGUAAAGUGAUGAAGAACGUCAAAAUUACAAAGACUAAACCAGUGACCAAUGGCUAUUCAGUAUUGACCAAGAAGCAGAAAGAAAAAUUGGAUGAACCAAAGGCAAUGAUAACUCCUGUUUUCCGGAAAUCCUUGGAGAAACAAGGCUACAAUCUAAUUGGCACACAUUCAGGUGUAAAACUGUGUCGAUGGACAAAGUCCAUGUUACGUGGCCGAGGUGGUUGUUAUAAACACACUUUUUAUGGGAUUGAAAGUCACAGGUGUAUGGAGACAACUCCUAGCUUAGCUUGUGCAAACAAAUGUGUCUUCUGCUGGAGACAUCACACAAACCCAGUGGGUACAGAAUGGCGUUGGCUGAUGGAUAAUGCAGAAACUAUUUUAAAAGGGGCAUUGGAAGGUCAUUGCAAGAUGAUUAAGCAGUUCAGAGGUGUGCCUGGGGUAAUUCCUGAGAAAUUCAAUGAGGGAAUGUCUCCUAAACAUUGUGCAUUGUCUUUGGUUGGUGAACCAAUUAUGUAUCCUGAAAUCAAUAAAUUUGUAAACUUGCUCCACAAUAAAGAGAUUUCAACAUUUCUGGUCACAAAUGCUCAAUUUCCAGAUGCCAUACGGAAUUUAGUGCCAGUGACACAACUAUAUGUCAGUGUUGAUGCGAGCGACAAGGAAAGCUUAAAAAAAAUUGACCGUCCACUUUUCCGAGAUUUUUGGCAGCGUUUCUUAUCCAGCCUUGAGGCUUUGGCUACAAAACGGCAGCGAACUGUCUACAGGUUGACUCUUGUUAAAGGCUGGAACACUGAUGAAAUUGAAGCUUAUGCAAAACUUGUCAACUACGGCAAACCUGAUUUUAUUGAAGUUAAGGGUGUUACUUACUGUGGAGAGUCGAAAGCCUCUACAUUGACAAUGAAGAAUGUUCCUUGGCAUGAAGAAGUGGCUGGAUUUGUUGAAGAGCUGGCAGAUCAUCUGCCAGACUAUGAAAUUGCCUGCGAACAUGAACAUUCUAAUUGCCUGUUGAUAGCCAAUAAGAAGUUCAAAAAGAAUGGUGACUGGUAUACAUGGAUUAAUUACGACCGUUUCCAUGAAUUGGUGAAGGAACAUUGUGUAAACACAAAUGGUUCUCGAACAUUUUCAGCUGAAGAUUACAUGGCACGAACACCAGAUUGGGCAGUUUAUGGUGCCAAAGAGAAAGGGUUCAAUCCUACUGAGACUAGAUUUCACAGAAAAAAGAAAAAAGACAUUUCUGGCUGUUGA